AUGGCCGAGUUGCAAGGUCGCAAGGUCUUCAAGGUCUUCAACCAGGACUUCAUCGUCAACGAGAACUACAAUGUCACCAAGGAGCUGGGCCAAGGCGCGUAUGGCAUCGUCUGUGCUGCGACCAACACCCAGACUGGCGAGGGCGUCGCCGUCAAGAAAGUCACCAAUGUCUUCAGCAAGAAGAUCCUCGCCAAGCGAGCCCUGAGAGAGAUCAAGCUGCUCCAGCACUUCCGCGGCCAUCGCAAUAUUACAUGCCUGUACGAUAUGGACAUUCCCCGACCGGAGAACUUCAAUGAAACAUAUCUCUACGAGGAACUGAUGGAGUGUGAUCUUGCGGCCAUUAUCCGCUCCGGACAGCCCUUGACCGAUGCGCAUUUCCAGUCCUUCAUCUACCAGAUUCUGUGUGGUCUCAAGUACAUCCACUCCGCGAACGUGUUGCACCGUGAUCUGAAGCCCGGCAACCUGCUGGUCAAUGCCGACUGCGAGCUGAAGAUUUGCGAUUUCGGCCUGGCCCGUGGAUUCUCCAUCGAUCCGGAGGAGAAUGCCGGUUACAUGACCGAGUAUGUUGCGACAAGAUGGUAUCGUGCGCCGGAAAUCAUGCUGAGCUUCCAGAGCUACACCAAGGCCAUUGACGUUUGGUCCGUCGGUUGCAUCUUGGCCGAGCUUCUGGGCGGCCGUCCCUUCUUCAAGGGCCGUGACUAUGUCGACCAGCUGAACCAGAUUCUGCACUACCUGGGUACCCCCAACGAGGAGACCCUGUCCCGCAUUGGAUCCCCUCGCGCCCAGGAAUAUGUGCGCAACCUGCCCUUCAUGCCCAAGAUUCCCUUCAACCGCCUGUUCCCCAACGCCAACCCCGACGCCCUGGAUCUGCUAGACCGCAUGCUCGCCUUUGACCCGUCGUCGCGUAUCUCGGUCGAGGAAGCUUUGGAGCACCCUUACCUGCAUAUUUGGCACGACGCCUCGGACGAGCCGACUUGCCCGACGACCUUUGAUUUCCACUUUGAGGUUGUGGACGAUGUCCAGGAGAUGCGCAAAAUGAUCCUCGACGAGGUUGUUCGCUUCCGCGCAGUCGUCCGUCAGCAAUCCCAGGCCCACGCUGCUCAGCAACUGCAAAUGGCCCAGCAGACCAACGUCCCCAUUCCCGACAACCAGCAGGGCGGCUGGAAAACCGAGGAGCCCAAGCCCCAGGAGGCGGCCGCUGGCGGCGGGCAAAUCAAUGACCUGGAGUCCUCGCUGCAGCGCGGCAUGGAUGUGCACCACCGUUAA